AUGAGUUCUUGGAUGAACGAGGCAGCCACUGUCCAGAACCAUAAUGGCAAUAACCCAUUUCCACACAUGAACGACCCGAAUAAUCUUGGUGGACAAUCGACCAUGAUGGAUCCCUCCGCGUUUAUGGCCAACCCAGGCCAAUUCAAUCCUGCCGCGAACCCGGCCGCCGCCCAGUUCGCCAACCCACAACAAAUGGCUGCUGCGAUGCAAAACGGCCCGAUGCGCAAUGCGUCGCCGGGCUUCCAGAACCCCGUGUAUCAAACUAAUCCUGUCGUUCCUUCAAAACGACCUCGUCCGCGAGAAGACAGCAUGGGCGCAUCGCCGAGACAGAACCCAGGCAUGCUCCCGACGUCGCGCGCCGAUACGCCACAGCAGUCUCAAUUUCCUCCCGGCUUCCAGCCGAAUGCGAUGGGCCAGCAACAUCCAGGACAGCCUCAGCAAUAUCCCCAUCUCCAGCCGAAUGGCUCUGCGAACGCGUCGCCUUCGCCAGUGAUGGCCGGGAAUCAAUUGCGACCAGGAAGCGUGCCGCAACGCGUCAACACGGCGUCUCCACAUCCAUUUUCUCCAGCUUCGCAACAUUUCGGGCCUCAAGCGUCGCCAGUACCGUCAGAGCACGGCGGUACGCCUCAGCCGAAUCCUUACAUGCAAAACCAGAACCAGAACUUUGCUCAGGCCUACAACCCCAACUACACGCCUUCCCCCUCGCCGGCCCGCCCGCCAUCCACUCAAAACCCGAUGGCUCCUCAGAUGAUGCCGCAACAAAUGGGUCAGAUGCCCGGGCAAAUGCCAGGACAAAUGCCUCCGCAAAUGCAACAGAUGCAUCAUAACCAAAUGCAACAGAUGCAGAUGCAACAAAUGCAACAGCAAAUGGCCGGUCGGGGAAUGGACCCUGCCCAGCAGCAAAAGAUGAUGUAUCAAAUGCAACUGCAACGACAACAGCAGCUCAAUAUGGCUGGAAACAUGGGCAACAUGGCCAUGACUGCGCAACUGCAGGCUGCCCAAGCUGCCCAGGCCGCUCAAGCUCAAAACAUGGCUGCUGGCCGUGGCAUGAUGCCUUCCAAGCCUGGCAUGCCCAUGGCCAAUGGCCAGAUGCCUCCUGGUGCCAUGAACCCGCAGCAACAGCCACAGAUGCCGCGUGGCACCAAUCCAGAAGCUUUCAUGAAGAAUCUCACCAGCUUUAUGCAUGCCAAUAAUCUGCCUCUGGAUACGAACCCCAUUAUUGAAGGGAGGCCGCUCCACUUGAUGCAGCUCUUCAUGGUAGCUAGCAAGUUUGGAUUCUUCCGCAACAUUACGCAGCGGAACAUGUGGUCGCAAGUGGCGCAAGCGAGUGGCUUCCCUGUGGUACAAUAUCCAACCGCACCAAUGCAAAUCAAAAAUGCUUAUGAGCGCAAUUUGCUCAAGUUUGAGGACGCUUGGAAGAAGCAGAAGAACCAAGGGCAGCCUCAAGGACAAGCAAUGGGCAACGCGCCUGGCAUGGUUCCUCAGCCCGGUCAGAUGACGCCUCAGAGGAUGACACCUCAAGGCCAAAUGCCUCAAGGGCAGAUGCCUCACGGCCAACAGCAGCCCAUGCAGCCCGGGCAGCAACCUCCAAUGCAACAACCUCACGCGCAAACUCCCGUCAAGCAGAUGCCUCCCGGUAUACAGCAAGUGAACGGGUUCUCGACACCGCAACAAGCACAGGCUGCACAGCAGCCGCCGACCAUGGUGCAAGGGCAUAUGAGAAACAGCCUCUCAAGGAGUGUUGAUGCGACUCCUGUGACCGGAGAAUUUCCCAUGCCAUCUCCGUCACCUGCCAAGCCAGGUGCCAUGCCUAUGCCACUUCCACAAGGUCAGCCAGACUUGAUGCAGCCCAAUGGGGCGCCAGGUUUCCCCGGGCCUGCUGUAACCAACCCCGACGAGUACAUUGUCUGUUCCCGUGAGAUGAAUGAAAACAAUUAUGGCGGAUAUGACCUAAAAUCCAUUCACCAGCUCGGGACCGAACUGGAGCAGUGGCGCCCAGAUAUCCCGCCGCCCAUGGAACUAGGACUAAUCGACCUGCAUGCCCUGACAAAGAGUCUUCAGAGUGGCAUACAUGGAGAGAUACGUCUGGCAUUGGACACUCUCGGCACUGUGACGUACGAAUCUGCGCGUAACAUGAACUUGGUCAUUGACCUGAGAGGCUGUGAUGACCUGGUAGAAUCACUUAUUGAUUGCGCAGAAGAUCAGGUGGAUAUUCUUGCAGAAGGCACUAAACCGAUAUCCGAUGAGAUUGAUCUCACGUCCUACGAAGAUGUCGUGAGACAAUGUCGCCAUGAGCAGCGCACCCUAAAGAAGGCACACUCUUUUGGUGAUGACGAUUACGAGCUCGACCAUGCAGCAGAUCGUCUCAUAGCCAUCACCACGAUACUCCGCAAUUUAUCAUUUCAUGAUGGAAAUUUCGACCUCUUGGCAGACGAAGUUGUCAUCAAAUUCCUUUGCAGCACAAUCCGGUCACUUGGCACUCUUGAAAGUCUUCUGCAGUCGCCCAAGAAUACGUUGGAUUUCAUGAAGGACGUAGUGGUUCUCCUAUCCAACAUUUCUGGCUCAAUAGAGUUGCCAGGCCGGGAGCAAGCAUUUUGCCUGCUCCAGUUUUUGCUCGCCUUUGCUCCUUCGCCAGCACCGACGACGACGACAGGCAAGAUCCUAUUCUCGCCUUAUGAGCCUGCCACGCAUGUGUACCUUCCACACGCAGUCGAUGCGCUAGCAAAGCUCUUUGCUCGAGACGAACCGAAUCGGACACACUACAAGGCCAUUUUCGCAAUUGAUGCAGCUUCUUCGCCUCCUUGUGAACUCUUGACCCGCACGUUUGGUUUGGCCAUCUGUUCCAUUCCGGAUCAAAACAAGGAAAGCAGACCAACUAGCCUCCCGUCUGUUAUUGAGGCACGGAAACCUCUGUUGAUGCAGGGUCUGCUUGCUGCAGACAUUAUUGCCUCGUUAGCACCGGGUUAUGAGAGUGGAGUUACUCGUGCUUGGCUCUCGUCAAGUGAAGGCUUUGCACAAAAUCUGUACAGGUUAAUACGGUCGCUAUGUCAGCAAGCGGAACCGACUCCGCCGGUUGGGCGCGGAAACACAAGAGCACAGCCAAAGGAGGAUUCGGAUGUAUUGCACAUCAUUAGCUGGGGAGUAUCACUUCUCCGCAGGCUGUGCGAACGGUCUCGGGACCCCAACGAUCCUACCAGCAUCCCGCCCACUGCGUUGCCGUCGAGGGACAGCUUGUUCAAUGCAUUUCAGACUUUGAAGGCGCCGAAGUGGGCGGCUCUUCUGAGUCAUUUGAGUUCUUAUGCCGGCUUGGAAUAUUAA